AUGGAAGCACAAUUUAGAAAACUGACGUUUUUAGUGAUUAUUUGUACGCAAUUACCAAGUCUAGUAAAAGCAGCUCCCAAGGAACUACCCAUUGUAUGGUCAACCCUAAUGGAUACAUUGAACGACAUCUCCCUUCAGGUGGCUAAAGAAGCCAAAGCUGUUGGCAAUAUCAUGAAUGUAUUCUUUCAAAAAACUGGACCGUAUUCUAGAGUUCUGACUUGGGAUAUAUCGGAUUUCUAA